AUGCUGGAUGAGCUUGGGGUCGAGUCUAUUGAAGAUCUGACCUUGGUGGAGGAGAGGGAUCUGGUGAAAUACCUCAAACCUAUCCAAAGUCGGAAGUUAAUGAAGGGCAUCAAGGACGGACUUGCUACUCUUAAUAUGGAGUUGGUCUCUGCUCCUGAUCCAAGUGCUCCAAGUUCCCCAACUCCCUGUUCUCCAAACACAACAUUCCAGCCUCCAAAUCAGCUGUUGCCCAGCCCUCCAAGCACUGCCCCAAGCACGUCAAGCGCUUUACAGUCUGGCAUACCAUGGCAUGUUGACUUUCGUCUCAACUGGGACCAGGUGUCAUCAGCCAUUCGACUUAGAGUGGAAAAAGAAGAAAGACCAUUGCCAGACGAGAGAAGGGCCUUUGUGGCCAUGCUCGUGGACCAAAUGAUGCAGCAUGACCGCAACCCAACCAGAGCCAUGUGCCACAGCGUUGUGAGAAACAUUGUCAGGAGCCAUCCAAAAUCAUUUGGCGACAUUGGCAAGUAUGGUGAUACUGCUGGAGACGGAUGUCACUCUCUUCUGCAACAAGUAAAAACAAGAGUGGAGUAUAAAAAUAGGAAUAAAACUCUUGCUCAACGCCGCAGAGAAAGAAGACCACGCACGGGAAUGGCAGGAGAGGCCAGACUGGCAAGAGGUCCUGUUGACCAAUACGGGUGUGUCAGGUGGGGCCCAGCAGAUUUGCCAGAGGGGGAGACCGAGGCAACGUUGGAGAAUAUAAAGAGGGAUCUGCUGAACAUCUACUCAGAGGAAGGAAUGAGUGGGGCAGAGAGAGCAGAACCAAUGAUGGAAAAGACAUAUGUCAUCCUGCGGAAAUACCUUAACAAAGUGCCUUCUGCAGCAAUGUCUGAGAUCAAACAGGAAUGGCCAUUUCUCUUCUCUCAGAAAUGCCUAUUCUCGCACUUUAACCUUCUGACGGACGUCAAUGUCCUUCAGAAGCUACAGGAGGCAAUUAGUCGACGAGGACAGACCAUCCUGGAUUACUGUGCAACACUGGACAACCCCAAGAUCCGUGAUGUUCUGGCCUGCUAUGAUCCAGACUCUGACAAGGCUGCCUGCAUCCUGCUGCUCCUAAUGUUGUACUUCAGAGAGCCGAAAGAGAGUUUGAUGCUUGAAGUUGAUGUGACAUGA